AGCCGUUAUGCUGCCUCCUGUCCUGCCAGCUGCACUUCACUCUCAGAUGCUGCUGUUCAUCCUGAAACACGAAUGAAGCAAUGCAAAAAAGUGCUUUUUACUUUUUCUGAUCGCAGGAGAAGCAGAGGAUAAAACCAAACUAAACCAAGUCUGUUGCAUCUGUUGCCGUCACAUCAAAAGUUAGAAUAGUUUUGGACUGGGUGAGAGAUCAGGCGUGAAAUUCUCUUCUCAGCAACAGCAUGACCUCUUCACCUCACAAUACAGCGCCAGAGCCUUCGUGGACUAUUGGACCUGCAGAACUGGAGAUGCGAAAUGACAGUGUGUGGUUCGGCAGGAGUUCCUCAGCGUCUGCGGAGCCGGCAGUGAUCACUCAACGCCAGGCAUCUCACCUCCAUCCCCGCAUGUCCGUGUACAGCGCCACCCGUCCCACAAUCUCUAGAUCCUUCUUUCAAGGACGUGUUUAUAAUUUCUUGGAGAGACCAUCGGGUUGGAAAUGCUUUGUGUAUCAUUUUACAGUAUUCCUCAUUGUGCUUUCUUGCCUGAUCCUCAGUGUGCUGUCCACCAUUGAUGAAUAUCAAACGCUGGCUAAUAGAACAUUAUUCUGGGUGGAAUUAGUGCUGGUAGUGUUUUUUGGUGUGGAGUAUGUGGUACGUCUGUGGUCAGCUGGAUGCCGGAGUAAAUAUGUGGGAACUCUGGGCCGGCUUCGCUUUGCCCGAAAACCCAUUUCUGUUAUUGACCUCAUUGUGGUGGUGGCCUCCAUUGUUGUAUUGAUAUUUGGCUCUAAAGGUCAGGUAUUUGCCACCUCUACUGUCAGAGGAGUCCGCUUUCUUCAAAUCCUGCGAAUGCUGCAUGUGGAUCGACAAGGAGGAACCUGGCGGCUGCUCGGAUCAGUAGUCUUCAUACAUCGACAGGAGCUGAUCACAACUCUUUAUAUCGGAUUCCUCGGGCUCAUCUUCUCUUCCUACUUCGUGUAUCUGGCAGAGAAGGAUGCCGUGGAUGAUAGUGGAUUCACAGAGUUCAGCAGCUACGCUGAUGCUCUGUGGUGGGGUGUGGUGACAGUAACCACUAUUGGCUACGGAGACAAGGUCCCUCAGACUUGGAUAGGGAAGACCAUUGCAUCAUGUUUCUCUGUCUUUGCUAUCUCCUUUUUUGCCCUCCCUGCUGGAAUCCUUGGCUCCGGUUUUGCUCUGAAGGUGCAGCAGAAGCAGAGACAAAAACAUUUCAACAGGCAGAUUCCUGCAGCUGCCUGUCUGAUACAGGCAUCCUGGAGGUGUUUUGCCUUAGAGAACCGUGAUUCUGCCACCUACAAGUUAUUUGUGAAAAAGAACAUCAGCAGCUCAAUGUCCAGCCCUAAAUUAAAGGCAAAGAUAAGGAAGAAAAUGAAGAGUAAUGACAGGGAUGAUGGACCAAGUUCCCCAACUGUACCUUCCAUAACCUAUGACUCCUUAGAUUAUGGGAAAGACGGAUCAGAUACAGUGUGCAGUAUUCAACAGUCAGAAGGGGUAGACACACUCAGAAGAUGUGAGCGGGUACCAUCCUGGAACUCUCUAUCCUCUUUCCAGUUCUCUUCAUCUCCAGGGAAAAAGCCUGGGAUUUUGGAAGUGCAGCCUCGGCCCACGCUCCAGAGAAGCAGCAGCAUCGCAGAAGAUAUGGAAACCGAGCCGGAGCGAGAGAUUUCGCUCGUUCCAGUCACUCAUGUGUCUCAGUUGCGGGAUUCCCAUCGAGCAGCCAUUCGUGUGAUCCAGAGAAUGUACUACUUUGUGGCCAGAAAGAAGUUCCAGCAAGCACGUAAGCCGUAUGACGUGAGGGAUGUCAUUGAGCAGUAUUCGCAGGGUAAUCUCAACCUCAUGGUGCGCAUCAAGGAGCUGCAGAGAAGACUGGAUCAGUCCUUAGGGAAGCUGUCCUUCUACCAGACAAGUUCAGAGCGCAUGAAAGACAAAGGCAUAAACACUAUUGGCUCCAGACUCAACAGGAUGGAAGAGAAGAUCACACACAUGGACAGGACACUUAGCAGCAUUGCAGAAUCUCUCAACCUCAUGCUGGCGAGGGAGAGACGAGGAGAUCUGGCCAGAGGGAAGGAACUGCGUAGCAGCUUCCAGCGACAAUCAGCCACCUUCAGCCUGUCAGUGCCGAGCAGACAGGACAGCCUGACCAGCUCUGAGCAACUGUCCACGCCAACUGUUAUUCAGGAGGACAGCUGAGUCGCUACAGCACCACCAAAUCACAACGUGCCUUAUAGUGGACUGUUGGAGUUCUUUUGAUGCAACAAGACAUGGAUACAUAUUUUUAGCAUAUCAUUGUUUAAGUAUGACUUUGAGUUUUUGAUAUUGUUUAUUAGAUUAUUGUAUAUUUCCAUACUUUUUGUGAGCAGUUUGACCUCUGCUCCACACUCUUAAAAAUAAAGGUCUCAAAAGGGGGAGUUCGCAGUGAUACCGCAUUUACUCACAGGUGUGAGUCUCGAAAUGUCCCGUUCACACAGCUGUUGUUGUUUCUCCGUCAGUUUAAGUUUGUGAGGCAGAGAGGCUCGCUGACGAACUAGUUGUCCAGUUCUGUUCCGUUUACACAGUGCGUGUUUUCCAAGAACGCGGUUGUGAGUCCUGAAAAUUUACGGGUGUGAGUUUGGUUACAGAACGCGGUUAUCACGCCCGAAAAUAAACCGUACUGUAUGUGAACGUAACCGUAUUAUGCACUCAAAAAUAGGACUGACAACCUUAUUCUGCUGCUAUGUGAACGUGGCCUGGUGUGAAGAAAAUAUUAAUAACUUAAAGAACCUUUUGUGCAGUGUAAAGUUUCCAUGGAUGUUAAAGGUUCUUCAUGGAGCUAUAGAUGCCAGUAAAGAACCUUUAUUUUUAGGAGUGAACAUUGUGACCUUAUUUUGGAGUGUUAUGAAUGUUUUGUGAUUUAUUUUGACAGGAACAAAAUGUGUGCUCUUUGCUCUUGUUUAUGAAUCACUGAUAAGCUUUUAGAGGCAGAAGCAUUUGUGAAUACUGUUUAAAUUCUGCUCUGUCCUCUCAAACAGAUUUUUAUGUUCAUUCACUAAUAUGAAUGUAGUAGUUUGUGUAAAAAUAAACACUGCAUCCUACAAACACUACUGAUUUUCACAAUUUUCCAGUAAAAUCCAAACUGUGAUUUUUAUGAAGUGCUGUGUCUCAAAA